GUCACUUCAUGUAGCUGAGGUAAGGAAGUAGGUUAGUAUCUCUGUGAAGAUUCCAGACUGUAUCGAUCAAACGACAUAGUUUUCCUGCACCCUCACACGAUCACUGAUGCCUCUGCUCUGUCACCAGACUCAGCUACUCUCUCUCUGAGGCCAACCUGUCUAGCUCUGACUUCUCUUCCCUUGGUUCCAGUUAAAUAGUUUAUGAUCUUUAACCAGGAGCCUCCAGCCAUCUCCAACCCUUUUAACUGAGGAGUCUUCCCUCGUACUGCCUGAGGAGACUCAGACAUGGCGACAGACCCUGCGGCAGAGCUGCCUUUCUUCUACGGCAGCAUCAGUCGUUCGGAGGCUGAGGAGCACCUGAAGCUGGCAGGCAUGGCAGACGGGCUGUUCCUGCUGCGCCAAUGUUUGCGGAGCCUGGGCGGCUACGUGGUCUCUCUGGUGUGGAACGUGGAGUUCCACCACUACUCUGUGGAGAAACAGCUCAACAGCACCUACUGUAUUGCAGGUGGAAAGCCCCACUGUGGUCCAGCGGAGCUCUGUGAGUUUUACAGUAAUGAUUCAGAUGGCCUGGUGUGCACCCUGAGGAAGCCCUGUCUGCGCUCCCCAGACAACCCCAUCAGAGCAGGCGUCUUUGAUAACCUGAGGGACAACAUGCUGAGGGAGUAUGUACGACAGACCUGGAACCUGGAGGGGGAGGCCAUGGAGCAGGCUAUCAUCAGCCAGGCUCCACAGCUGGAGAAGCUGAUCGCCACCACCGCCCAUGAGAGGAUGCCCUGGUACCACAGCAAGAUACCUCGCCAGGAAGGGGAGAGGCGGCUCUACUCCGGGGCACAGCCAGAUGGAAAGUUCCUAAUCAGAGACAGGGAAGAGUCUGGAACCUUUGCCCUUUCUUUGAUGUACGGAAAAACGACCUACCAUUACCAGAUCCUACAUGACAAAUCAGGGAAGUACUCCAUGCCAGAGGGAACCAAAUUUGACACUGUGUGGCAGCUGGUUGAGUAUCUGAAGAUGAAACCUGAUGGGCUAGUGACAGUUCUGAGGGAACCGUGUGUGAACCGCAACAACACCAAACAGACUCCUGUUGUGCCAUCGGGGGUGAGUAUCAAGAACAUUCUCCAUGGUAGAUACUCUCUUUCCAACGUAUUUAUUGAGGCAUCUGCUAAAUGGCUUAUUAUUAUUAUUAUUAUAUUACUAUUAAAUACAGUACAUUUCUUUCAGAGGCGGCUCAGAACAAAUGGAUACACACCGCCACCUGGAGUACCUCUGGGGGGCUCCAAGGAAAUCAAGACUUCCCCCCCCACAGACCGUCCGAUGUUGCCCAUGGACUGCAGUGAAUUUGUCAACCCUUACCAUGACCCCAAUGACCUGAAGAAGUUCUUCAUCAACAGGGAUCAGCUGAUGAUUGACGAGGUGGAGCUCGGCUCGGGAAACUUUGGCUGUGUCAAGAAAGGAGUCUUCAAAACAAAUAAGGGCCACACUGAUGUGGCCAUCAAGGUGCUGAAGAGUGAGAAUGAGAAGCUGGUGAAAGAUGAGAUGAUGAGGGAGGCGGAGAUCAUGCACCAGCUGAGUAACCCUUACAUCGUCCGCAUGCUGGGGCUCUGCCAGGCUGAGUGCCUGAUGCUGGUGAUGGAGAUGGCUUCUGUUGGGCCACUCAACAAGUUCCUCUCCACCAAUAAGGAUAAGGUCACAGUGGAGAACAUUGUGGGUCUGAUGCACCAGGUGUCUAUGGGAAUGAAGUACCUGGAGGAGAAGAACUUUGUGCACAGAGACCUGGCAGCUCGCAACGUCCUGCUGGUCAACCAACAGUUUGCCAAGAUCAGUGACUUUGGUCUGUCCAAGGCUUUGGGUGCUGAUGACAACUAUUACAAGGCACGCACAGCAGGAAAAUGGCCGCUGAAGUGGUAUGCUCCAGAAUGCAUGAACUUCCACAAGUUCUCCAGCAAGAGUGAUGUCUGGAGCUUUGGUGUCACCAUGUGGGAAGCCUUUUCUUACGGAGGAAAACCAUACAAGAAAAUGAAAGGUCCGGAGGUGAUCAGUUUCAUUGCCAGUGGGAGCCGGAUGGAAUGUCCGUCUGGAUGUCCAGAUAGAAUGUAUGCACUGAUGAAGGACUGCUGGACAUACAAACACGAGGACCGGCCAGGCUUUGUGAAGGUGGAGGAGUGCAUGCGAGUCUUUUACUACUCCAUAUCCAACAAAACUCCUCCUGAGGUGACCGCAGACGCUGCUGAGCCUCUCAAGUAGACCAGAGACAACAGACACUCUGUCCCCCCGCCAUACAAUGCAUUCUUUGAGAUAGACAAAGAGAUUAUUAUGAACUAGUCUGGGCACUAGCUGACAGCUUCAGCAACAGGCAGCUACAGUAAACAGCUAAACAAGCCUUAUUGACACAAAUGUGAGUUUGUAAUGAAAGUCAUUCUUGUGAGGAUGCUCCUCUUCUGAAAGGUAGCUCAAGACUCCAUCAUCCGAGGUUUGGAAUAGUUUGAAAGAAACGCUUCACGAAGAAUUGUGCAUGGUAAAAUUACAAUUUGAAAGUGUAAUGAUUCUUUGGGAGUACUUAUACUAUAGGUCAAAUGUGAAUUAUAUUUAAGUGCUUCAGCUCUGUAUACAUUCCUUAAUAUGUCAUGAUUAAACAUUUUCACAGAA